AUGAAUGCCGAUGAAAAAGUGGAUGGGUUUUGGGCAGCCCAUCGGGCGUUGGCGGCCUUCUAUGAAGCAGACAUUGCCAGAUUGGAGGCGGGUGCCCAGCAGUCUCAUUCCUACCGAAGCAUCAGCCACCGGAGCCAUCAGAGUGAGGCUACCAAGAGUGGGAUCCUCUCAUCGCAAGAAAUUAGCAGGCUUCGUCGCCGGUCCUCAACGAAUCAUCACGAGGCGGUGGCUUCCAUUUCCAUGACAGCCAUGGGCUUGCAAGACCCCUUCCAGCAAGAAAGCGAAGUUGCUCGCGGCGUAGGCUCUCGGAUGCGGGCCUUGCUUGAAGGUGCUGAUGUCAGGCAGCUGGCUCGCGGACAUGCCAUGGUCAUUUCGAGUGAGGAUCAGGAGAUCAAACAUCUUCACCAGCCGCGCCUGGUGUGGAAUGGGUCAGACACCAACCUUCCACCACUUCAGCGACGUACGUCCACAAAUCGAAUUACAGCAACCCAGGCGACCGAAAAGUCACGUGGAGUUGAAGGAAGGUCCUGUUGCAACCUGGUGCCUGACCGGGGCUUCCGUUCGAAAUGGGAUUUAUUCAUCAUGCUGGCACUUCUCAUUGAAAUCAUGUUCUUGCCGCUGCAAGUGUUGCUUGACGAUCCAGUCUUAGCAGGAAGGCACACUUUCUUGCAGCUCUUGCCUCCAAUUUACUGGUCCUUAGACAUACUAAUCUCCUUCUCGACCGGCUUCUACUCCACUGGGCAGCUGGUGGUGGACCGCUGGCGUAUUGCGAAGAACUAUGCCACCAGGUGGCUCCUUUUCGACUUGACUUAUGUAGCAGUUGAUUUCAUUCUCGUGAUGCUUGUGACUUCUGAGGGCAGGUAUUGGUCCCGUGAACUUACGAGCAUUGCUAUUCUGCGCUUCCUUCAGAUGGCACUUCGAGUUGUGAGAGUUUCCCGCCUUGGCGAGAUGGCAGAAGCGUUGAAGAAAGGUAUGGUCUCGGAUGUGUCUCUGGCAAAAGCGAGUAUCGUACAGAUUGGGAUCCAGAUCCUCCUAAUUCAUCACGUCAUGGCGUGUGGAUGGUACUACUUGGGCACGAUGAGUGAGGACGGUUGGAUAGCCAUUGCAGGGAAAAGCGAGAAAAGCAAGCUGUAUCUCUACACCACGUCCUUGCACUGGAUGUUUUGUCAGCUUGGCUUCGGUGGGACCGAGAUUGAGCCCAACACUGUCGCGGAGAGGGUCUACGGUUUGCUGGUGAAUUUCAUGGCCCUUGUGAUAUUUUCAACUCUCCUGGGAACCGUUACAAGCCUUGCAGCCCUGCUGAAUCGAAGCAGCGAAGAACGUCGUUUUCUGUUUGCAAAUCUGGGCCGCUUUCUGAAGUACAACCAGAUUGACAAGGAAUUGGGCGACCGCAUCACCCACUUCUUGCAGCACGCGUAUGCCUUGAAGCAACUCCACGUCCACGAGGACCAAGUCCAACUAUUUGACCUCCUGUCGGUGCCUUUGUGUCGUGAGCUCCAGCUGGCGCGGUACAAGAAGAGUUUAACAGCGGAGUAA